AUGCUCACUCUUCCAUCACAUGAAUUAUCUACUUCAAGUAAAACGUCUUCAGGAUAUUUAACUGACUAUAAAAGACCAAUCAAUAAAUCUGAUUGUUGUUCCCCUUCCACUUCAUCUUCUGCAACACCAUCUUCAUCUUUGUCAACAUCGCCUCCUAUAUCCCAUUCUGUAUUUAAUAAGAUGACAUCAAAUUCGUUACUCCAAUUACAAAAUUAUUCAGACCAAUAUAUUCAACAAAACAAUGAAAGGACUAUUUGUGAGAAUGAAAAUUCUUACAAUAUUCAAAGUAAAAUGGCAAUACCACAUUUUAAAUCGGAUUUAAGGAGUUUAGCUCAUUUCAAUGACAGUAAAACCAUGAAUUCUAAUGGUUAUCCUGUUGAUAACUAUGAAAAUCAAAGAUAUCACCUUCAUUCUAAUGAGUUGCUAAACACUGAAAACGAGCCAGUUCGUUACAAUCCCGUAUCAAAUUGUUUCACUGACACCUAUCAGUGUCCCUGUCCACCAUAUUCACUAUAUAAUACGUAUGGAAAUAAUUCUACUGGAAAAUCAGAUCAUUACGUCAGGCCGGAAAUAGAAUUAAGUAAUAUAAAAAAUUUCUCAGUAGUUGAUUCUAGAAGUCAUCUAUCCAAAUGUAAUCAUGAACAAAAUGGAACAGUACACAACAGUUCAUCUUCAUCGAACUCCGAAGUUUUUGCAACAACAUUUCACUCACCAUUAAUCGGUGUUGGUAAAGAAUAUGAUGAUAAUGAUAAUGCCAAUGAAGAUAUUGAUAAUUCUUUACAUAAUUCUGCUGAAUCCAAUUAUUCUUUGGAAGAAAAUGAAAUGAAUAAAAUGUAUUUGACUGAAAAUAUGACUUUAAGCAGAACAGUCAAUAUGAAUUCAUCUUUACACCAACAUGGAUAUAGAAAAGCUAUAGUGGAGUAUGAAGGAAUAAAUGCAAAAGAUUCAAAGUUAUCAAUGAAUCAAAUUUUUUCUAAGACCAAUCAAGAAUGUGUAAAAUGUGGUGAACAAAUCUAUUCAAAUGGGCAACCAGACGGUACAGGUCAUUACUUUUGUAGUCGAUGUAAUCAGCAAGAACAACAACAACCACUCAAGUAUGAAGGACAAGAAACAACAAAAAAUGCGGAAGAGUACGAAGAUGGUGAUGAUGAUAAUGAAGAUGACGAUGAUGAUGAAGAAGAUGAAGAUGAUGACGAAGAAGAGGAUAGAGUUACAGAUCCUGUUAAAAUAUUUCCAACGAAUUGGCCAUCUGUUUCAACGGCUAUAAACUGUGCAGAAAAUAAUCAGUUAUCUAAGGUAUCCAUGGAAGAUGAAAUAAAACCAUAUGCAACAUCAAACAGAACCAGUUGCUGUGAUAUAAAAAUCAAUAAUUCAAUAAAUUAUGGAGUGAAUAGUGAUACUUAUGGAAAUAAAUUAAAUUCAUAUGAACCAGUUAGUGAAUCUUCAAAGAAUGUCAUCAAUGAUCAUUCAUUUUUAUCCAAUACGCCUUUUUCUUACUCACCAUUGUCAUGUAGACGUGCAUUCCGUAAUGGUAUUGAAAAAACUGUUACAAACAGGAAAUCACAAACUAACAGAAGAAUUGGAUUGAUUUGUUCGAAUUGUGAAACUACCAAGACCACAUUAUGGAGGCGUAAUCUUGAUGGAGAACCUGUGUGUAACGCUUGUGGGCUAUAUCAGAAAUUGCAUGGUAGAACGCGUCCAACAUCAAUGCGAAAAGAUGCGAUCCAGACAAGGAAAAGAAAGUCAAAGAAAAGAAAAGAUUAUAGCUUGACAGUUGCUGUUGCAGCAGCUGCGGCAGCUGCUGCAGCAUCAGUAGUAUCUGUAACUGCAUCAUCAAUCUCUUCAACACCUGUAGUGCCCACAUUAACAAACCCUUUUUAUUGGAGACCUUGUUCAACAACUGAUUUAUGUCAGUCAAAUAAAAUGUCGGUUUUUAAUCCAGGUCUACUCCAUUCAAACUCAACUAAUUCACACUUAUUACCAAUGCCUGGAUCAUUUUCACGAUUUCUUCCAGAACAAUUGCCGAUGUUGCGAAAUAAAAAUUUCGAAGAUUCAGCAUGUUCUCCUACGUCUGAUAACUAUGAUAAAUCAUUCAAUCAAUAUGAAAUAACAAAUAACAACAAAAGUGUGGUUGAAAAAACAUCAGCCUACACUACAAGUUUUUUAAAUUCAGAGUCAAACAAUUAUGCUGAUCAUCAGAAGCCAAUGUUAAAUUACCAAAAUUAUCAAGCUGAAUUAACUUACCAGUUACAAAAGCAUUUCUCAUUACAAUCUAAUCAACUAAACCUUCAUUCAGGUACAUACUUGAAUAAUGAUAAUUUAUGUUUACCUUCAUCAGUGAACUAUCAACAAAUUCAUCGACAAGAACUUCAUCCAUCAUUCCCAUCCUUUUCACCAUCAUCAAUAUCGUCAAAUCAUCGACAAUGUGAUUAUCCUACUUAUCAAGAAAAUGAACGAUAUAGUCAUCAUCCUCAUUAUAAUGGACCAUUGAUGAGCAUACAGAAUAGUUUAUUAUUAAAUUCUUUGGAUUUAAAUGAAAAAAAUUCUCAUGUAGUAAAUGAACACCAUGUCAAUCCACUGACAACUUUAAAUAAUGACAAAAGCAAUAAACUAAGUGCAUACAGUAUAUUGUCACCUUAUAGACAACGACACUCGUAUCAUUCAGAACAGCUUCAACAACAACCAAAUAUCUUCAUUCGGUCGUCAGAAAGAAACCAUAAACCACUAUCAUACUUUCCGAUACAAUACACGGAUGAUAAAAUGCUUUGGAAUAUAACAUCGUCAUCAUCCAACGAUGAUAAUCGAGAAAGUUUAAAUCCCACCAAAAAUAUGCACCUAUUGAAACAACAGCAACAAGAGGAAACUUAUGAGUCAAACCGAUCAUUAGAUAAUUAUUUGGAUCAAAUGUAA